UGAACCAUAAACAAAAUCUUGAAGUGGUGAAGGGGCUACUUCCACGGACAGAGGAGGAGGCAUUUGUGAGGACCAUAUCUUACGAUGGUGUGGAGAACCUGGUUGAUGAUGGUGUGGAUGACACAGAGGCUGAGGCAGGUAGUCAGGUACCAGAGACUCAGGUACCAGACACUCAGGAAACAGACACUCAGGCCACUGGUUCAGAACCUCAGCCCAGUGCACCAUCUUCAUCAGGCGUUCGGGGUGCCGAGUACACUGAUUUAGUGGCGAGGUUGGAUAGGAUCGAGGCUGACACUCAGGGUCUGUAUGCUGCUCAUGUCGAGCUGAAGAAGGCAUACGAGACCAGCCAUGUAGAGCUGAAGGGUGGUCAGAACGUAAUUAUGGAGCAGCUCAGAGACAUAUUGGCCAUGUUGAAUCGUCCGCCAACGACAGCUUCAGCACCGGAGGCCCCAGCAGAUCCAUCUACCCCACCACCAGCUGCAUCACCCCCAGUAGAAGAGGAGGAGGUCUUCCCCGACGGGUACGAUCCUUAUGAGGGAGCUCCAGCGACUCCCAUCGAUACAGGUGUUAUCCAUGUACAUGACACCGAGUCGCAGGGUGAGAUUCUGUCGAUAGAGGCACAACCUGCAGUGGUUAAGAGUCGGAAGAGGAAGAGAAAUCCUCCUGUAUGGUUCGGUGACUACACGGAGAUGAAGAGGAGACAUAGGCCAUCUUCGACGUUUGAUCCCCUGGAGCCACCGGAUGAGAAAUUGUUAGUUACUUUCCGAAAGUGGUGUGUUGGACUCAUUCCGAACCACCGACUUCGGGAUUUGAGAAGUGGUGAUUACGGUCCAUCAUUCUUUUGGAUAAUGCUCACACCAAAGGAAUGGCUUACAGAUGACGUAAGUAAAGUAUUUUAUAAUAUUACUUCACUUUACAACUUUAUGUGCAAUUAAUAUAUUUUUUUGUCUAACUGACAUUUCCCUUUAUAUGCAACAAUGCAUAUGCUGAGGAGGCGACGCACCGACUAUCCACUGACAUUUCCUCAGAAGGGUGUCAUUCUCUCCACAUUCGUGACCACCAUGAUCAGCAGUGCAUGGACGAACCACAAGGGUCCGAGGAGAAACUUUGUGUGGGAGGAUUAUAUCCUGGACUACUGCAGAGGGGUUCAUAAGGUAUUGUUUUAGUAAGAUUUUAAAUGUUGAACUAUGAUUAUAACUUCGAUUGUUAAUUGUUUGGGAGGAUUAUUAUGGUUUGUUAAUUGUUUCGUUGUUCUCCGUAAUUACAGUCCCAAGUCUUUGAGAGAUGGAGGGGUAACGAGUAUAUUUACUUCAUUCUGCAUCUUCCCGAGGCAAGGCACUGGGUCACACUUGAAGUUGACAUAGAGCUGUGGAAAAUUAAUGUCUACGACUGUGAUUCCAGCGUCUGUCAUUGGACCGCCAUGGAACCCAUCCUGAAGACUUGGGAAGAACUGCUGCCCUCGCUAAUCCUUGCAACCGGUAAAUUUCCACGUAACAACCAGAUCAUGGCGUUAACUAACAGGGACAUCACGGUGCUUCCAAAAAUGCAUUCGACUCGAGCCACUCACGACUUAGUUCCGAAGGCAACAACCAGGUACAUAGCGAUAAAAAAGUACUAUAGUAUUAAAAUAUGUUUUACGUUAGACUGACUUUACAUUUUAUUUUGCAUUUAGUGGUGAUUGUGGCGUCUAUUGCAUUGAGUAUGUGGAGCAUCUCAUGAUGCAACGUGGAUUGACCGAUGUGACGCCAGGCCGGAUAGCUAUGUUUCGUCAACGGUGGUGUGUUGAUUUAUUUUACCAAAAUGUUGGCUGAUUAUUGUGUAAUUAUUGAGACAUUGUAUAUUUUGUGUAAUUAACAUUACAGUUAUGUAUAUAUAGACUUUCUCUUCGUUCAAAUUUUGAUAAUUAUUCGUGGUUUCAAAUAUAAAAUAUCGAUAUUAUUCAACAAAAAUAACUAUUAAACCUAAAAAUAAUUAAAAUAUUUAAAAAAUAUUCAACCUCGACAUUAUUUUAAAGCAGUUUCGAACCUGAAAUAGCGAUAAUUAUUCAUAGUUAG